CGACGGGGCAACGGAACAAGAAGUCACGGGCUUGGCGGGGCAAGCCAAAGAUGAAGAUAGUGCAAAGGAACACCGGUUCUUGGACAUGCUGACCUUCUGGAAGAAGCCUAUCCACCGCAUUUCGCUUUCCGAAGCGAAGGCCGUAUUGCAGGACGGGAGAGAAGUGCCUGCUUUGUCGCAGACGAGCCACGACAUGGAAACAGCUAACGCCAACUACAAUCCGAUCACCGACCGGUUUCCGUUUCAUUCCUUCGGAACUUCCUUUUUCCACCUGAACUGCCCCUUCAUGCACUUGUCGGACACCCCGGGCGGCAGCGGGCGCGACGGUCCGUUUCGAUUCACCCUGCCGACUAUGGAUUGCAAAAAUGUCUGGGUCUGGAAGAUUGCAAUCUGUCAUGGUAAAUCCGAAUCAUGCAGAAAUCUGCGUUGCAUUAGUGCCAAAAGCUGUCCACUUUGGACCAAGUUUGGAGGGAGUUUCUCAUGCAGGAUAAGCAUGGCAGGGACCUCACAGAGUCUGUCACGCUAUGUCCCGCAUUCCAGACCUCAUGGGUCAUGAAAAACCUGCAUGACAAGUUUACACUCUUCCAGAGCCAGACAUUUUUGCACUUGAUACCGACGGACGGCGACGAGGGGCUGUUUACCGUGUUCUCCGAGUACUUCCUCGGGCUGUACCACUCCGACGGGCUGGACACCAUCGAGGACUUGGUGAACAACGGGAAAUUGUUGGAAGAGGAGCCCGACAUUGCGGGACCCAGACAGGAGAACACGCGACUGCGACCUCCCACUGGCGAGGACGGGUUCGAGAGCGAAAAUAACGCAGAACUUCUGCAGACUGACAGCGACAAGGACAACCCCGCCGAGUCCGAGAACACGACUCAAGAGCGAGACAAAGAAACUGACGACACUACAACAACUCCUGCAUCUACUUCGGAUGUUGAACAAAAACCUCUCCGUUCGAAAGACUUGCAGCACCUGGAGGUGUAUCAAAUGCAAAAAUGUCUGGGUCUGGAAACUUGUGAUGCUGGGUGGCGUAUCAUGAGGAGGCCACAAGUGCUGGCUCAGCAUGACAAGUUUCUGAGCUUCUAGGUGUUGCCUACUCUGCAUGACAAACUGCGUUUCUGCAUGACAGAAGAAUGGCGCUCUUGGGUAACGUGCAUGACAGAUUUGAGAGUCAUGCCAGACAAGCAUGACAAACAUGCACUCUUCCCGACCCAGACACUUUUACAUUUGAUAAGGUGCACUAUUCGUUGCUGCAGGAUAGGUAUGUCGGGCGUUAUAUCCUGAGUAAAAACGUCUCCACACCAGAGUUGUCAUGCAAAUCGGCACGCUUCAAAUGUUUCUCAUGCGGAGCCCCAUGAGGAGCAUUUUGUAAUGGUGUUUUGAAAUUUGUCAUGCUCCAAUCAGCAUGAGAGACUAGUUCUGCAAUGCUGCUGAACUAGCUCAAACAGCACUACACUACGCGUCCAAAUUUGUCAUGCGAAACAGCCAAAGCUUGUGGAUUUGUCUAGCCGAUUCCCCAUCUUGACUAUGGGGUGGGUACGUUUUUAGAUAGGAUACGUUACCAGAUGUCCCUGGCUGCGCUAGGGGAGGAUCAUCUGCGACAGAUGGAUGCGGCGACCCUGCGACAGCUUUGGGAACGAGAUCAUGUUGACCGCCCGUCGCAGGAGCCCGGUGGCUGUACCCAUGCACAGGUUGUGGGAGACCGCUUGGUAGGCGAGAGGUGGUCUGAACAUCAAGCGGACACGGAAAUAAAAUCGUCUUUGCGCGACCACGACGCGCCUUUGGAAGCAGAUUUUGAUACUGUUGAGAGAACUGGAGCACAGCGAGAUGAACUUCCAGCUGAAAUAAAGAACGAAAUGGAGCUGCAGGAUAUCCUAUGUAAAAACGUCCCCACCCCAUAGUUAAGAUGGGGAAUUGGCUAGACAAAUCCAGAAGUUUUGGUUGUUCUGCAUGAGAAAUUUGGACUCGUAGCGCAGUGCUGUUUGAGGUAGCUAAGCAGCAUCACAGAUCUAGUGCAUCACGCUGAUUGGAGCAUGACAAAUUCCAAAACACGACUAGGCUCGGCCUCUCAUGGGGCUCCGCAUGAGAAACAUACUCAGCAUGCAGAUUUGCACUGCAAGAACUCUGGGGUGGGGACGUUUUUAAAUACGAUGCAUGACAACAUGAAAGCGGCGAUUCUCGCGUACAGUAAAAGCCGGAAAAUUAUCUCGGCACCAGACAAAACCACGCUCGACACGGUGUCUGGGAAACAGAUCAAAGAGCUGUACGAGUUUCUCCUGCUUGGCGCGCCGCCGGGGCGCAAGCUUUUACCGAGACUGGUCAAGCCGUUUUUGCAACACCGGUGCCGGGUCGCGAAAGACUUCUCCACGGUCGAGGAAUUUGUCCGGUCGCGGCCGCAUUUGACAACCGAGAUCGGGCUCGACGCUGUGAAACACCGAAGCACGCUCACGGAUUUGGCAACCCACAUCCGGCCCUGCGCUUUCGACUACUUGGAGUCACUUCUGCUGCAGAACCAGAAAUGCGUAAACUUUCGGCAGCUGUUCCACACGGUGGAUUGGUC